GGGGGGGCAUCAGUCGAGCGAGCUGCGCGCGGAGCGAGGCAUCGGAGCGGUGCGACGAGCAUGGCGUCCGGCGGCGUCGCGCGACGUUGCCUUGUGCUCGCGCUGUUGUCCUGCUGCAGCCUGGGCGCCGCCUUAGCGCUCGUCGUGUACGGAAACGGGGCCACGUGGGAACGCGAGCUGCCGGUGUGCACCUCGGAGAGCUCGGCCUGCAGUCUGGUUCAUCGGCGUUACUGGCAGAGCCCGCUCGAGAUCCGGCUGUGCCGCUGCCCGCGCAAGGAGCCCUGUCCCGAGGGUUUCGACAGCGCGACCGAUGGAUUGGCGUUCAACGUCACCGCCAGGACUCAACUUAAGAUGUGCUCCGGCUGGCAAUCUCCCCCUUGUAACGCCAGCCAGGUAUCACUGGUAGCAAAGACCAUCAGAAAGAUAUCACGUGUUGCCCAUGGCCAAAACGGCGAGCAAACGCACGCAGAGGUGAUGUGCCGCUGCUCUGGGCAGAACUGGGACGUAUAUUACCGUCGGGCCCAUGGAAACAACACGGCGUAUUUGACCUACUACGAACAGCGCCAGUACUUCACCUGUGAAUCGCUGAGUGAGUGCAAGCCUGGAGAGCCGUGCGGACACGUCACGCGAGACUACUACGCCACGUACAAGACGUGCAACUGCCCGGCCCACCACUUGUGCACAGUGCCUCUGAACUUCAACGACCGCAAGGUUGUGAACGUGAAGGAAGCGUUGUACGAAGGGGCUGCUUAUCUGGCGCAGUGCCUGCCGAAGUAAAAACAAAAGAAGCCAAGGAUCUCAGUCGCAAAGGCUUUCGACCAUACCCUUUAAGCAGCUCAACGCUAUUAACGGUCUGCGACCGUGCGCCGACGUAUCCUGACAGCCACCGGAGUUAACGACAUUACCCGCGGCGAAAUGCACAGCAAGCAAAAGAAUACACGGUGAUUUCCACACUAUGCGCUGUGGCGAAAGGAUCACGCCGCAUCGCACGUACUGCGCCCCAAUGCAGUGAUUCACGUCUGUGAUCUCUGGCGGUGAAUAGACUCUGGGGCGCAUGAACGAGCGAGAUCGUUAGGGUUUAUCGAAAGUCACCAAGGAUUAAUCGCUGCAGUGUACAUUUCCCCCAAUCCCACUUCGUCUGUAAGGUUUUUUAUAGGGCACAAUAAGUUGUUCCAAAGGCCUUAACCAUUAGAGCAAUGUGAGAGAGCCCCUUACUCGAGAGUGUCCCUUAUUGCUCGUGUUGUCAUGAAUGAUUAAUUUGGAGGUCAAAGGCCCGGUCCACCUUCAUUGCGCAAGAAAUUCAGCGAUUCCAACUUGCAAAACGGAAAAUAUCUAUUUUGUUUUCAUGCGUUGCUUUGAGGUUGGGAAAUUCCCUGGACGUGCAGGCUGAAUGUCCCGCGCGAGGAGUCGCCACAGCAUGGAGCGGACGCGUUCGAGUGGAGUGGUCCAGCUCACUCGCUAGUGUGGAAGGGAUGGGGGCGCGUACCAUCGCCGACAGGUCGGACAGCAAACCGUCUGUAAAUAAAAUUUGAUUGACUGCUCUC